AUGUCGGGCAUGGAGGUGAUCGGCCUAGCUCUCGCCCUAUGGCCCGUGGUCGGGUGUCUCAACGAGCUUUACUCGUCGGUCAAAGAUGGGUCUGCCAGCCGGUGGGCCAUGACCAUCAAAGUUCAGGAGCGCAUCUUUAAGGAGUGUGUGCUCAAACUGUUGCAGGGCGACGAGGAUCUGUCAGAAAAGGACCGCAUUGGCCUGAUCACCGGCGACAAGAGCUUUACGAGCCUGUGGCAGGACGCCGAGUUCAGUGCGCGGCUUGAGAGCCGUCUGGACAAGGAGCUGUGCAUGCUCAUCAAGCACGAGGUCUUGGAAAUCUCCAAGCUGGUCUCGAAUUUGCAGCGGUACCUUGGCGGGAUCAAGACAGAGCCGGUGGCCAAGCGGGUACUGCCGUCAUUCCGGGACGUGAAGAGGGUCCUGCGCAAGGACGAGAUCAAGAAGAAUCUGGACUACCUGGCGUUCCAUAACUCGGCGCUGCGCAAGCUGCUCAAGACCUGCUCGAGCACGGCGUACGCGGAUGCCAAACCGGCGGCGAACACGGUGCAGCGGCAGAGCACAUUGCAGGAAGAGCGGCAAAAACGGAUCGACGCACAGUUCUUCAACGGCUUCCACGAAGUGCUCGGCAAGAGCUUCCGGUGCAACUGUCCAGCGGGCCACGAGGCGAACCUGUCGGUGACGGACACGAUGGUCAUGUUCCAGUCGUCCGACCUGUCGCGUGUCAUGUCGAAUCUGCGACUUCGCGGGCGAUCGGCCACAAUGGAGAGCGAUAUGACAGCGUAUGACGACGCAGAUGACGACGAGGACAUGAUGAGUGAAUGGAUCCGGUCGACGUGGUCCCGCGCGCGGCAGGGCAGCCUGUCGACGCGGCCAGGCGACAACCCGGCACUGCUUGUCAAGUACAGCGAGAGCCGCGGGGUGCAAAACUUUACGCCCAUCCCGGACCUCUGUCAGUGGAUCCACGCGGUGCGCAUGUCGCCGCCCAACUCGCCCAAGAUGAGGACGGAAGAGUUGCAGGGCGUGCUCGGUGCCCAUGAUGGUAAGCGGUACACAGUGCGUGCACCGCGGCAGCACACGGCGCUCACCAUUGUGUCGAUGGAGGAGUGGCUCGCGACGUGCGGCACGGAGAGCAAGCGGCGGCGCGUGCGGGCAGAGCUGGCGAUGAACCUGGCGGCCACGAUCCUGCAGUUCUACCCGACGGCGUGGAUCGAGAAGACGUGGACGUGGCAAAACUUUUCGGUGGCGCGGCAUGAGUCGUCCCACAACCUGAUGAUCACGCAGCGGUUCUGGUCGCUGGACAUGCCGCGGCGGCAGAGCCUCAAGAAGACGCCAGCCGCUGCGCCGUCCAAGUUCUGGAGCACCUUCCAAGACCUGGACCCGAUGCUCGUGCGGCUGGGGUUUGGGCUGAUCGAGCUGGCGCUGGGCAAGCGGCUGGCAGACAUCCGAAUGGACAAGGACACAUCGGCCGAGGGUGGCGGAAGCGGUGGAGACAGCGGUAGCAGCGACGCAGAUCUGGCCGACUACUACACGGCGGUGGAUGUUCUCAACAGCAACGAGAUCGAGGACGAGAUCGGCGUGACGUACCAGCGCGUGGUCGAGGCGUGCCUGCGAUGCCGCGUGAUCAGCGACGUGGGCAUCAAGCUGCUCAAGUCGAAUUCGAGCAAAUUCGAAUCGGACUUGGAGCGGUUUGUGGUCGAGCCACUGCGACGGCACCACUCGUCGAUCUGGGGCACAGCACAGGUGACGACGUAUUAG